AUGGAGCCUUCAUCCCCCGCUCAUUCCUCCAGUUCUCAUCACAGCCAGUCGCUCUCCAACACGUCUCCUCAUCACCAGCACCACCAGCAACUCUCUCAGCAGCAGCAGCAGCAGCAGCAGAAGAAGCAGCAGCUGCAGCCGCAGCCACAGCAGCAGCAGCAGCAGCAACUCCAGCAGCAGCAGCAGCAGCAGCAGCAGCAGCAGCAACAGCAGCAGCAGGAGUCACAGAAGCAGCAGCGCAAGCAGCAGCCCAAGGAGGAGAAGAAGAAGGGCCGGCAGAGCAACGUGGGAAGCAGCCUUGUCUUUGCGGCAGCAGCCGCAGCCCGCCAGAAAGCCGAAGCAGCAGGGGCGUCAGGGCGGCAUCUGGGCAUGCCGCACGUGGGCAGCACGGGCGGCACAGGCACAGGUACAGGGACCCCGCAUAGCUACCGCAGCGACCCUGCCAGUGGGAUGAACAGCGGCAUGAACAGCGGGUUUGGCAGCGGGGCUGGUAGCAGCGGCAGCAGCACCCCUGUGAGUAGCCGAGGGGCGGAGGAGGAGCAGGAGGGCAAGGGCAAGGGGCUGCUGUUUGGAAUCAGCAAGUCUCUAGGAGGUGCCAAGAGCAAGGAAGGCAAGGAGAAGAAGAAGGAGAAGGAGGAGAAGGAGAGGGAGAAGGAGAGGAGGAGGAAGGAGAAGGGAGAGAAGGAGAGUACUGUGGGGAGCAGCUUCGUGGCAGCUGCAGCAGCCAGAGCUGCAGCUGCUGCUGCCACCAAGGAGCAACUGGGCGCUGCUGCUGGGUCUAAUGGGGGAGUGGGCGGUGCAGGACGGUUGGGAGCGGUGGGAGGGUCCAUGGGGAGGAUGAGUGGGGGGGGGAGUGUGCAGGGUAGUGUUGAUGGUGGUGGUGGUGCUGGUGGUGAUGCUGGUGGUAGCAACAGGAACAGCACAGGGGUUCGAAGCAACAGGAGCAGCAGCAGCAGCCUGCAGCAGCAGGAGCAGCAGCAGUACCAGCAGCAGUAUCAGUACCAGCAGCAGUAUCAGAAUCAGCAGCAGCAGCAGCAGCAGCAGCAGCAGCAGCAGCAGCAGGAGGGUGACGGGGAUUCACCCGGAACGAGGGGCAUUGCCCGCCGCCCGGUCAUCUCCCGGCCGCCCGGGGGAGAGCCCCAGCCGCCUGCGUGA